CGCAUCCAUUCCCCGGUGCGCUCCUGUCGUCCAGGCAAAGAGUCGAGCACAUGGCGCGCGCCCUCCUCCGCCACCGCGGCGCGCUCCCCUCUCUCCUCUCGCCGGCCGCCCCCACGGCGCCCAGGCUGGUCCCGUCAUUCUCCUCCGCCGCCGCCUCCGCCCUCGCGUCGCUGCGCUCCCCGCUCGACGAACGCCUGCUCCGCCUCCUGCGUUCCGAGAUCUCCUACGUCGCCGACCGCCGCCCUCCCCACCAGCCGCCGACGGGCUUCAAGUCCUUCGCCGUGGAGGACCGCCCGGGGGAGCAGUGGGUGCGCCUCCGCGCCGCCCGCCGAGGCGCCGGGGCCGGGGAGGAGGCCAUCAAGAUCGACGCCACCUUGUUCGACGGCGUCGCGGAGCUGCCCCCCGACGCGUCCCUCUUCAACCGGGUCGAGGCGCUCGAGCAAGGGCCGCGCCUCCACCUCAGCCUCAUCGUCGAGGUGGCCCGCGCCGACCGCGUCCUCGGCUUCAUCUGCUCCGCCUGGCCCGACCAACUCGCCGUCCGCCACGUGCUCACCCUCAGGGGCGCCGGCGCCGCCACCGACGACCGCGGUGCCCGCGACUUCACGAAGCUGGAGCCUGCGGAGAGGGAGGUGGUGAAGAAGUUCCUGCAGGAGAGGGAGGUGGAUGCCGAGCUUGCAGAGUUCUUGCACGACUACGUAGCGAACAAGGAGAAGAUGGAGAUGCUCCAGUGGCUGAAGACAGUCGAAUCGUUCGUCGAGAAGUAAGCUAAGGAGUUGCAGGCUUGUUAGCAGUGGGUGUGGCCAGGCUCUAGCCGAAGAAUCAAACAUGUCUUGAAGUGACAAUGAGGUAUCACUGGAUAUGGAGCACAUUCCAGCAAACAGUACUGAAGUGACAGGUAAAGAACUAAUGUUUGCUAGUUUCAAGCUCACCAGAAGGGCAGAGUAAACAAGUGAUCAUCACCAAUAUUGAGAUGUCUUUGACAGAGCAUAUCUCUGGUCUUAACUCUGUCCAUGAGCAUUAGCCAAGCAAAAACCUUGUGUUUCAUGAUACUCCCUCUGUAAACGAAUAUAAGAGUGUUUAGAUCACUACUUUAGUGAUCUAUAAACACUCUUAUAUUUCUUUACGGAGGGAGAACAUUUUUUACUUCCAAAUCAUGGUGAUAUUACCUGUGUGGAUUAAGCUCUCUGAAAUACUCCCUCCGUUCACUAUUGUAAGA